CCUGGGGCGGGCCCUUGCUGGCCAAGGCGCUCGCCUCUCAGAGCUCUGAGGAGCGUCGGGACAGAGGCGGGGUGGGGCGCGGUUAAAAAGCGCCGCAGGUGGGGGGCCGGCCGACUGCAGGUUGCAGACACCGGCCAGUCCGCCCGACCCGCCGCAGCGAGGGCGCAGCUACGCCCGGAACUCAGCACCGGGACCCGCGCCCAGACCCACACCGCUGCGAGAAGGAAUAAAGCAACACAAUGGAUUGGGGUACCCUGCACACUUUCAUCGGGGGUGUGAACAAACACUCCACCAGCAUUGGGAAGGUGUGGAUCACCGUCAUCUUCAUCUUUCGUGUCAUGAUCCUCGUGGUGGCUGCUCAGGAAGUCUGGGGAGAUGAGCAGGAAGACUUUGUCUGCAACACUCUGCAACCAGGGUGCAAAAAUGUGUGCUACGACCACUUUUUCCCAGUGUCCCACAUCCGACUGUGGGCCCUGCAACUCAUCUUUGUCUCCACCCCUGCCCUACUUGUAGCAAUGCACGUUGCCUACUACCGACAUGAGGCUGCCCGCAAAUUCAGACGAGGAGAGAAGAGAAAUGAAUUCAAAGACUUGGAAGACAUUAAAAAGCAGAAGGUUCGGAUCGAGGGAGCCCUGUGGUGGACCUACACCAGCAGCAUCUUUUUUCGAAUCAUCUUUGAAGCCUCCUUUAUGUAUGUGUUUUACUUCCUGUACAAUGGGUACCACCUGCCCUGGGUGUUGAAGUGUGGGAUUGAUCCUUGUCCCAACCUUGUGGACUGCUUUAUCUCUAGACCUACAGAGAAAACUGUGUUCACCAUUUUUAUGAUCUCUGCUUCAGUGAUUUGCAUGCUACUCAAUGUGGCGGAGUUGUGCUACCUGCUGCUGAAAGUGUGUUUCAGAUCAAAAAGAGCCCAGACACAAAGAAACCACCCCAAUCAUGCCCUAAAGGAGAGUAAGCAAAAUGAAAUGAAUGAGCUGAUUUCAGAUAGUGGUCAAAAUAUAACUACUGGUUUUCCCAGUUAGACAUGUCAAAGUGCAAUGUAGCCAGAUCCUAACAAAAUUGGUGUCUGCUCCUAAGGACCCUCUCUCUAAGCUAGAGACUUUGUCUUUAUAAAAUGUCUUUCAUAAUAGAUAGAUCCUGGAGUUAAUGUCUUAUAGAAUAACCGUGCCACUAAUAUACAGCAUGAUCACAUAUGUGGUCCAUCUCUGAAAACUAAGACAGGCUGACAAGUGAGCCUUGAAGUUCCUUUCACAUGUCUUUUAAAUGAACCAUCUGACAUAGUGGGUAUUUCUUGAGAAUUUAAGACUGUCACUGUUUUGAAAAAGAAUGUUUAUCUAGAAAUUGAAACUUUUAUUAGUAAAAGAUAUUUUUAUAGGAUUGAAUGUUUUAGUUCUGACUUUAAAUUUAUAUAUUUUUAUAAUGACCUUACCUGGAAAAACAUACAAUGUUAGUUUUAGAAUUAUAUCAUCAGAAUCUAAAUUUUGAACUUACUGUAUCUUGUUGUAAAUAGUGUUUUUGCAUUCUCUAUUGACAAGUUUAUGAACUCUCAUGAUGCUUUUCGGGUGGAAAGUGUUCAUUGUACAAUAUGUUUCAUGGCUUUCUGAAUGUAGACAGAGCUGUAUGGAAAUGGGAAGCUUUUUAAAACCAGCCCAUUUACCAGAGUUGUGAGCUACCCUCAAUAAAGAUGAGCCCCACUGCUUAA